AAUGAAAUUUCCGGGGAAACGACGCCUGUGCACCAGGCGCCUCUGCUCCCCGGGCCUUCUGGGUAAUGUAGUUUCCUGGGGGCGGCGCGCGACCUUCGUCCUCUUCGUGGAGUCCUCCAGGAGCCGACCCCCGCGAUCCCGGUGAGGACGCGCCUGAGCGGCGGACCAAGCAGGCGUGGCCUGCGGGGUCGGGGGCCCUGAGGAUGUUUACGGUGUUGCGGAAGCCCAAGACGUUCAAGCUGCGGGCCCUGCACAGCCAGAAGAAGUUUGGGGUAGCGGGGAAGAGCUGCCAGGAGGUGCUGAGGAAGGGGUGCCUCCACUUGCAGCUGCCCGUUCCUGGCUCCCGCCUGUGCGUCUACGAAGAUGGCACGGAACUGACUGGAGAUUACUUCUGGAGCGUCCCCGACAACUCGGAGCUCGUGCUCCUCACCGAGGGCCAGACCUGGCAGGGCUAUGUGAGUGACAUCAGCCGCUUCCUCAGCGUGUUUCACAAGCCGCACGUGGAGGUCAUCCAGGCUGCCCGGCAGCUGCUCUCCGAUGAGCAGGCCCCGCUGCGGCAGAAGCUGCUGGCCGACCUCCUGCAUGUCAUCAGCGAGAACAUCGCGGCGGAGACCAGGGCCGAGGACCCGCCCUGGUUCGAAGGUUUGGAGUCCCGAUUUCAGAACAAGUCCAGCUACCUGAGAUACAGCUGCGAGAGCCGGGUCCGGGGCUACCUGAGAGAGGUGAGCUCUCACGCCUCCGUGGUGGACGUGGACACCCAGGAGGAGUACGUGCGCAUCGUGGAUGCCAUGGGCCAGAAGCUCAAGGCUGCUCAGUACAACGGCAGCUACUUCGACAGGGGCGCGGAGGCGGGCGGUCGGCUCUGCACCCCGGAAGGCUGGUUCUCCUGCCAGGGCCCUUUCGACAUGGACGACUGUGCAUCCAGACACUCCAUCAACCCCUAUGGUAACAGGGAGAGCCGGGUCCUCUUCAGCACUUGGAACCUGGACCACGUACAGGACACCCAUGGAGACCUGAUGAAUAUUGCACGUUGGGGCUUGUCCUCUUUGAAUUCUGCCAUGCCACUUGAAGGAGCCUGCCUGGCCUUCUUGAGGAUGAAAGACACCAUGGGAGAAGGGUCAGCGCAGCCAGCCCUCCAGCAGAGCACGGCCACAGGAGCGGGCCGGGCCACCCCACAGCAAACACUGAGUUUGGGGGGCUGGUUAUGCAGCAAUGGCCUGUGACAUUGUGGCAUUUCCUUCCUCCUCCCCAAAGCCCCGGACUCCCUUGCAGCAUCUCUGUCCCCCAUGUAAUGGCUGGAGUGAGGUUUCAGUCCCAUCUCCUCGGGCUCUCAAGGGCCCCCCUGGGGCCUCUUUCAGGACCUGGGGAGCCGCUGGCAUGUCACCUGCCCUGUGGGUCAAGCCUUGAUGUCUAUAUUUCUGGCAGCUGGGGAGCCCCCUUCUUUCUUUUGAUCUCAACUAUGUGUAUUUUUAGAGAGGUACGUUUACUUGGCAUUUUGCUGCGCUGGGGGAGAGGCAUCCACCUGGGCCAGCCUGGUCCCCCGGGUGCCAGCAGCCCUCGCUGUGGCGUCUCCAGUUCCACCGACUCAGCUUACGAGCUGUUGCACUUGUCACUGCACAGUCUUCACAUUGUUUACAAGUGAAAUGGUUUACACACAGCAAGACUAUAGUGUCUCUACACAGACACAUACACGCAUGCCCACGUGUGAGGUCAGGGCCGGAAAGACACACAUCCAACCCUUCACGGUGGUCAUCUCUGGGGACGGACGGAGGGAAAUGAGAUUCAUGGUGGUAGUCAUAGCAACUUUAGUUUUACUUGUCAGUUCUAUAAAAAAUGUUCAUAUAUUAUCGUAUUAUCAUUUUUUGGGUAAAUCUACACAUAGAUCAAAGCAUGGAGGCCAGUAAGGCAGACUGUUGGUGAGUAGCUGUGACGGGACUCAGGUUGACUCCCAGAAUCCCAUUUUUUUCUGGGUACUUUUCAGUGUUUUUAAAAAAAUGUGCACCGUUCCAAUUUUCAAAGCUUGACAAGCAGAGCUGCUUGCAUCAGGCUUCGCCAGGCAGACCUGACCCAGUGUGUGGCCGUGCUCUGUGACGGCACUUUGAUGAGUUUGUGAAGCAUGUCCCCCAGUGCCCGUCCUGCCGACAGCUCGAUGAGUCUUUUCCGGGUCGCUGACACCCUACUCUUUCUGGGAUGGUGCCAAGUAUGGUUCCUUUUGAAAUCUUAACAGGUUUCCACUUGUCUUUUCCUGUAAGCAGCCACACAUUAUGUUAUGUUGUAGCUACAACUGAGUGGAAACGGUAUUUUACCUGUGCCUGUGGGGGUGUGACAGCAGAAAAUGACCCUCUCUGACCUUCCUUUCCAGAAUAGAAAAGAAACGCACCAUUGUCCCCACACUGGCUGAAGCGAUUAAAGAACAGGAUGGAAGGGAAGUAGACUGGGAGUAUUUUUACC